GCCUUGUAGAGCUGUUUGUGAUGUCACUGGCAGCUCUUUAGGUGUCAGGGCAGAAGCACGCAUGUGCGCUGUGCAGGUGUUUGUGAGGUCACAUGUACAUGAGUAGGUGAUAGGGCAGGAGCAGGCCCCUGGCUUGCAGAGGUCCUUUUGUGGUCCAAGUAUCUGACUGGGAAUGAAAGGACAUCUGGCUUGUCCAGCUGCUUCUCAUGUCACUGGUGGCUAAGUGGCUGAUAGGGCGGGAGUAUGCACCUGGCUUCCGCAGGUGCUUGUGAUGUCAUAGGUGGCAGAGGAGCUGAUAGGGCAGGAGUAUGCACCUGGCUUCCACGGGUACUUGCGAUGUCAGUGGCGGGUGUUGCAGGAAACCACUACAGGAUCCAGCCGAGUUGAGUAAAAAGCCACAAGGCAGUGGUGCGGAAGUAGCUGUUGAGUAAGGACUCUGCUGGCUACUCCUUUGUUCUCAUGCAAAGGACCUGUUCUAGGUCUACUAAUCUUUGUUCUUCUUUUAAUACGAAUCCUAAAUAUGUUCCUUCCUGCUGACACAGCUGAAGCUUAGAAAGAGAUGACGGUGACCUUUUUCUGCUAAAGUUCUACACAGACAAAUCGUAUUGUGGUCCAAACCUCAUGGGUCAGUGGUCGCGGAGAGCCUGGCCCAAAUUACCUUUCCCCUAGUUUCUCAAGAUUUCUGGCACUUGGAAAUGGUUCUUCAGGGUCUGUUGAUCAAUCUAGCGAUUUCUUCUACCUCUUGACAAUCACGUCUUAACUGAUACAUCGUUUGGGUGAAUAUUAACUAACAUAAUGGUAGGACUGUACAAUAGUCAUCCUUAGCAGUACCUAGCAACUAUUUGCAAAAUUAUCUGUGACAUUCUUAACUAUGGAACUAUGAAGAACUAUCUGUAACUUCUUAGCUACAGAAUCAUGAUUAACUCUUUAACUUCGAUGCUGGAUAUCAGUAUCUUUCAAGCAGUCUUCAUGCAUCUUGCUGGCGAGUAACAAAUCAUCUACGUAUUGUACAAGUGUAGAACCUCCAGGUAAUAUAAUAUCUGUCAAGUUGUCUUUAAGCAAACGGGAGACUAUCAUAGGAGACCCAGUGAACCCCUGGGGCAAGAGGGUCCACGUUAGUUGUUGGCCUUUCCACAUAAAUGCAAACAGAUGCUGGCUGUCUUCUGCUAUAGGAAUGUGAUAAAUGCAGCUGUUAAAUUGGUAACACCACAAGGUGGACUUUGUAAUAACUUUGUUGGUGGGUCUGGAACCACCAGGUGGGGUACAACCACAUGUGCAAACUCAUAUUCUGGAUCUCCUCCUUUGUCUAACCGAUUUUUGCUUAUAGGUAAAAAGGGGUAUUAUGCAGGGAAUUGCAUGAUCGUAAAACCUCUUUUUUCAGAUAUUGGUUGAUUCGUUUCUGAAUACUUUUUUCUGCUUCUCUGGGAAUGUGAUACUGCUUGAUUGCUACCGGCUUUCCUCCCUUUGUUUUUAUGGAGACCGAUUGUGCCGGUUUCAAUAAAGCCACAUCCAUUCUGCAGGAGCUCCACAAUUUUGAAGGCACUUUAACAACUUCAGGUGGAACCCCAGGAGUUUCGGGCGUGUUUUUGGCAGUGAGACAGAUCCUUGCUUCUCUAAGUUCUACCCCUUCUGGGCACAGACGGAUCUGGGCAUUUAGGGAUUGUAAUAGGUCUCAUCCCAACAAACACAGAGGUGAUUCUUCUGCGAUCCCAAAUCUUCCCUGCAGCCCCUGGCUACCUCUCCGUGGCAACAUUGGCUGGCUAAGCAAUUGUUCUUUUUUCCCCCGUCCUCAUCAUCAUCCUCUUCUGUCCCAUUAAACUGUCUUUAUCUCAACCUUCCAGUUUUACCUUUUUACAGUUCUCUCCCAUCCCACUGCAGGGUGGGGAGUGAUUAAACGGCUGUGUGAUUGGGUUAAACCACAGCAAAGGUCCAAACUCCUCAUUUAGGGAACAAAGACUCAUUUGUUCCACGUCCAAAGCCUAGUUUUGAGACUCCAAAGACCCAUUUUUGGGGGCGAAAACCCUUAGUUUUUGCUACCAAAGCCUCAUGUUAGGACACGAAAUCAAAUUUCAGGGUUCAAAACCUCAAUUUCAUUUCUAGAGCCCCAUUUUCAGGGCUCCAAGCUCCCUUCUUAAGGCCCAAAUCCUCCUUCUGAGGCUCCAAACUCUCCUUUUGAGGGCCCAAACCCCUCUUUUACAGCUCUAAGCCUCCACGGAGUGCCCAAAGCCCUGUAUUUUGGACCAAAGCUUCAUUUUGUGGGGCCAUAGAGGAACCAAGAGGUUUCCUUCGUAUUCAGGGUCCAAAGCAUCAUUUGUAGCUUCUCACCCAUCCUUAUUAGUGCUGAGAGACUCAUUUUGAGGGCCAAAAUCCUCAUUUUAAAGGUCCAAACCUACAUUUUAUUAGCCAUAGCCUUUUGGGGGGACUAGUUUCAUUUCUUGGGUCUAAAACCUCAUUUUUAGGGCAGAAAGCAUUGUUUUAGGGUCCAAAGCUACAUUUAUAGUGUCCAGAGCCUCAUUUUUCCUUUCCAAAGUCUUAGUUUUGGCUUAGACUCAUUUUAGUCUCCAAAGCCACAUUUUUAUGAUACAAAUUCUCAGUGGCAGUUUGCAGUGUGUCCUUUUUAGAGUCCAAAGCCUCAUUUUCAGGCUCAGAAGUGGCAUUUUUAGCAUGCAGCCAGGCUUUUUUAGGGUACAAGCCACAUUUCGAGUGUCCAAACUCUCAUUUUUUAGGGUCCAAACCCUUUUGAUAGGGCCCAAAGCCUCAUUUUUAGGUCCCAAGCCUCAGUUUUAGGGUACAAACCCUCAAUUAUAGGUUCCAAACCCCCAUUUUAAGGUCCAAAGACUCAUCUUAACAGUACAAAGCAUUAUUUUAAGGACCCAAAGUCUGAUUUUGAAGGUCCAAAGCCUCACUUUUAGAGUCCAAAGCCAUAUUUGUAGGGGCCAAGCCUGUCUUGUAUUAUGCACAGCCUUUUGUUAGGACACACUUUUUCAUUUUUAGGGUCUAAAACGUCACUUUUACGGCAGAAAGCCUCUUUUUAGGCCCCAAAGGUUCAUUUUUAUGGUCUAGAGACUCAGUUGUAGUUUGCAAAGUCUCCUUCUUAGAGCCCAAAGCAGCAUUUUUAGUUUGCAAAGCCUCAUUUUCAGGUUUCGAAGCGGCAUUUUUAGGAUCCAGCCAGUCGAUUUUUGGGUCCAAGCUGCACCUUGAGUGUCCAAACCCUCAUUUUUAUGGUCCAACCUCUCUUUUAGAACUCAAAAACACAUUUUUAGUGUCCAAAGCCUCGUUUUGAGGAAUGAAAUCCUCACUUUUAGGGUACAAGCCUGUCUUUUAUUACCCAUAGAUUUUUUUUUAGUGCCCACAGUUUCAUAUUUGGAUGUCAACCCUCAUUUUAAGGUGCCAAAAACCUAUUAUAAGGAGUAGCGUCGCUACAAAGAUCCAAAGACACACUUUUUGUUUGCAAAGUCUCAAUGUUAGAGAACAAAGAUGCAUUUUUAGUGUCCAAAACUUCAUUUAUAGGUUCCAAGCACCACUUUUAAGUUUCUAAGACUCAUUUUAAGGGCCCAGAUCAUCAUUUUUAAGGCCCGAAGUCUGAUUUUGAAGGCCCGAAGCCUGAACGUUACAGUCAAAGUCUUAUUUAGAGGGUCCCAAGCCUCAUUUUCAGCUACCAAAGCCUCCUUUUCUGGAACCAAAACCUUAUUUUUAGGAUACAGUCUGCAAUUUUUAGAGCCCAAAGCCUCAUUUUAAAGGUCCAAAUACUCAUUUUUAGGUGCUGAAGCCUCCUUUUAAGAUCCAAACUCCUCAUUUACACUACAAAGCCUUAUUUGUUACAUAUCCAAAGCCUCCUUUUGAGCCUCACUUGGUUCGUUCAGCUUGGAGAAGAGAAGGCUGAGGGAUGACCUCAUAGCAGCCUACAACUUGCUCGAGGGGGAGGUGCUGAUCUCCUCUCUCUGGUGACCAGUGACAGGACAUGACGAAAUGGAAUGAAGCUGCAUCAGGGCAAGUUCAGAUUGGACACUGGGAGAAGGUUCUUCACUGAGAGGGCUGGAGGUCACUGGAACAGGCUCCCCAGGGAAGCGGUCACGGCACCAAGCCUGUCAGACUUCAAGGAGCAUCUGGAUGACACUCUUAAGUCAUAUGGUUUAGGUUUAUAGGUAGUCCUGCGAGGAGCAGGGAGUUGGACUCGAUGAGCUUUACGGGUCCCUUCCAACUUGAGAUAUUCUGGGGUUGUGUUCUAACCCGCAGAGGGCUGUGAUAAGUGACGCAGGGUCUAGUUGGAGGCCUGUAUCUAGUAGUGCCCCAAGGGUCAGUGCUCAGCCCGGUCUUACUCAACAUAUUAAUCCAUGACCUGGAUGAGGGGACAGAGUGUACUCUCAGCAAAAUUCCUGAUGAUACUAAGCUGGGAAGAGUGGCCGACACACCGGAAGGCUGCGCUGCCAUUCAGCGAGAUCUUGACAGGCUGGAAAACUGGGCAAAGAGGAACCAUAUGAAAUUCAACAAAGUGCGAACAGCCAUCUGGGAUGCGGUGGCCAAAUACAUCCAAGAACAACUGCUGCUGCGGAAGGGGGUCCAAAUUCCCUCCGUUGGCUCCUUUGACGUGGUCCCCACAUGCAUCCAGGCUGGGGAUGAGGUGGUGAUUGUCCAGAGGCCCGUGUUUCGGCUGGCCAGGAACCUCGUGGUUGUCCACAACCUCAGGGACAACAAAGACUACCUGCCCGGCCAUAAGGAACUGGAGCCCCUGAAAUAUGCCAGGGUGGCCAAGGCUGCUUCUGUGUCCCGGCGGAAGGUGGAGAACUGCAUUCAAGGCACCAUGUCCCUCCUCUCUCACUGCCUGGGAAAGGGGGAGAACGUUGCCCUUGUCCUGAGGGACGUGGGCGUGCUCCUCAUCGAAGGCACGAGGGUACAAAUGAAGUUCUACCUCAGCUUCUUGGAGAGGAUGUCUGGGAAGGAGAACUUUGAGAAAGCUACUUUUAAGGUCCCCCAGCUGCUGGACAUGGUGGUGUCCCCAGUGGUACCUCUGGCCUCUCUGACAUUUUCUGGCCGUCUCAUCAUCUUUCCUGAGUUUGAAAUGUAUGUUGUGCGCAAACUACCACCAAGGAACCCUCCCAGGAGAAACGUUGCUGGUGAGGACAAGGAGAAGAAAGAAGAGGUUUUGCCAGGUUUCAACCAGCACAGAAAAUCGGCAUUUCCUGAACUGUCCUUGCUUGCCUCUUCGACAUUGACUCAAAGUGAAGCCCCACAGCUCCAGGACAUAAAGGAGAUGGAGAACAGGGUGAACUCUUGGCUCAGGCAGCUGCCAGAGAUCCCAGAGCACUCCUCUGGGAAAAAGCAACCUGCGACCAGCACACCCAAGGGCAAAGCCAAGCUCAAAGGCCAAGCGUCGCAGCAGGGCCAAGCGUCGCAGCAGGGCCAAGCGUCGAAGCAGGGCCGAGCACAGGCAGCAAAAUCUCGGAGCUGCAGAGGAGGGGGACAAGGAGAACAGAAACUUCCCUUUGGAAGCAAAUUACCAUCGUUGAGCUCUGAGACCAGGCUGCCCGAGGAGCCCACCUGCAAGGUCUUCGUUCCACAGCCACCAAGACCUGAGACAACAGAAUUACUGAGAUCAAGGCCUGAGAGGUUCUGGUCAGUGCUGAAAGAGCCACAGAAGACCAUCUUAGCUGGAUACAGCUUUGAUCCCUCCCUUUUGGUGCCACCAAUCUACGAGAGGUCCGGGUCUGCGCAAUGCCAACCACCGAAGACCACAUCAGUGGUCUCCAGGAUGGAGUGGCCCUGGCUGGAGUGAUCAUGGCUUGGAGUGCCCGGAGCUGAGGGAGCACCGCCUGAGGUGAUGCCAACAGAAACCCAUCUGUGUUCAGAACACGAGGAGCCCAGGAAGGAGAUGAAUAAAAGCACAAAGGAGAAGUUGCAAAAAAAGUGUCGACUCUUCUGUUGUUCCCAAUGGUCCUUG